GUCAAACAGGUCAGGCGUCCUUGAAUCCACGAAGAUCUUGGUGAUUUAGUCAACUUUACUUUGCUGUUUUUUUAAGUUCCCACCUGAUUUUAAAAAAGGUAUUGAACUAUUAGUUUCUAACCGUGGCGAUUACUGAUCGUAGUUGUUGAUAGUCCAUCUAGAGUUUAAGGAGUGGAAACAAGAUGAGAAGUUAUUUCCGAUACUACUUUGUGAAUAAAACCACUUAUACCUGUUCAUUUACAGUGGACACUUUUGGCACAGGCCAAGUCAAGAAUUAAUUGACUUAUUAGAAUCAUCAAAUGGCCACUGAUGUCGUCAAGAAGUGAUAAGCUAAAGGAUGAAAUUCUUAAUCAGAUUGCAGAGCAGAUAAAGGGAUUACAGCUCAGACAACAGACAGCUUUAGAUGAGGGAAAAAGUGAAUUUCAGGUCACUGCAAACAACAUUCACCUACAAUGUUUGUUGGAUCUCCUAGAUCACAUUCUGCUUCAUGGGUUGGAGAAAACUGAAUUUGGUUACUGGCCAUUUGUAAAAGAGCUUACCCACUCAGAAACAGUAAGACAAAUUGUCAGCCACCCUCAAGUAACUACUGAUUUAGACAAAGGUCGAGUGUGGAUUUUUGCGGCAUUUGGUGAUGGCCUUUUGGAGAGCUUUAUCAGAUUAUUUUUAGAUAGUCAAAAGUUUGCCAAAAGAUUUUACACAAAAAAAGCAUUUUUGAGAGAUAAGGAGAGACUUGCUUUAUUGCAGACUUUAGUCUCAGGUCUUGAUUAUAUCUCAAUUGUCUUGGACCAAGAAUCUCCUUAUCUUGGUUAUGGAGCUCAGCAUUGUGAAGUGGAUGGCAAGUGUCAGAAGACAUUUAUAACAACAGGUGAAAAUGCUGAAGGAGUUGACUUCAGCUCAGGCAUCAAAAGGGAUGACGACAAUAGCACAGUUAGUAGCAGGUUAUCAAGCUCAUCUACAAUAGCUGCACCACUAAGUCCUCAAAGUUAUCCUUCUUGUGGGGUUCAUGAAACCAAUGGAGAAGAAAAUGAGAACACAUCUGAGCAAAAAGUACAUGUCCUACAGACUGAUCAGCAUGAGAGUCAGUUCUGUGACCAGUCUGACACCAAAGGUUAUGAACAAGAAACUACUUCAAGGCUCCACCAUAAUAGAAACUUUCAAAUACAGCAGUUCACAGAAAGUGGGGAAGUGGGGUUUGAACCAAUAAAGAACAGAAACGGAAAGCAAAUUACAAGAAGAAAGGACCAAGUGGUAGAUGCAAAACAUAACAAAGAAAAAAAUGACCUCGAAAUUCAGCAUGUUCCUUAUAAGAAAGAAAAAAAUGACCUCGAAAUUCAGCAUGUUCCAUAUGGUCAUAACCUUUCACAUAAAUUGCCACCAGAUGAUGUGCCCACUAUAGGUUGUGAUGAUGCUGUUGAGAAACCAUCCUAUAUAGACUUGCUGCCCAUGUCAAGAUCUCAGAGUUCACAAGAUAGCCACUCAAGUUGUAGCCCAACUAACAGUAUCCAAUCAACAGAUUCCAUGGAUCAGUUUUGUAGAGACUUCGACUCUAGUUUAAAUGUUACCAGUGCAAUGUCCCUAAACAGUGCAACUCUUCAGUUGUGUGAUAAUACUGCUGGUGCAUGGCCAGAGUCUUAUGAUACAGAAAAAAAUUCAAUUCAAGGAGUUUUGAGGGAUGAUGGUCCUCUGCAAACUGCAGCAGCACUGGAAACUGAUCAAGGAUUAUCAAAUGCUGAUAAGUCACCUAGUUAUGAAGGGAUAAUAUUAGGCAUUCCAAAACGACCCUCACUGCACCAGACUCCGACAACUUCUUGGGAUGUCAGGGUGGAUCAGAAUAAGAUGCUGCUGUUGUCUUUGGAAGUCUUUGAGAAGAACAGUGAGCACUUUCACAGGAUGCUGGUGUGUAUGUGUGGACUCCCUGGUAGCCAGUUGUAUUUUGGUAACUUCCUUCUCACGGAUCAUGCGGUUUAUCUUCUGAGCAAUGCACCGUCCCAUGAUGGAAAGGGCUUUCAAGUUCAAUCAGCAUUACCAUUUACAAUUUUGAAGAAAGUGGAGGUUGGUUUAAACUGUCAAACAGUUACACUGGUAUCCAAAUCUCAAAAAAUUAUUUUAUUUAUAGCAGAUGAGGCUGUUACAAGGGAUUUUCUCUCAUCACUGACCAGUAUGAUACUCAAAUCAGGCCACGGAUCGCUGCUCAAAAAGAUUAUCUCUACUUCCACUUUUGAGCAAGAAGCUUCAAUAAAGAAGUGGAUCUGUGAACUUGAAAACCUCCAGUCUUCCAGUGUGGACAUCAGAUGUUUUACUUUUAUUCACUGGUGUGGACUAACCGGACCGGAUUCCAGCAUUGAAGUUCUCAGUCACAAAAGUGUUAAGGAAGGUUACAUGGACUGUAAGCAGGCUCAGUAUUUAAGAUCGUACAAAUGGACCACCAGCUAUUUUGUUUUAAUGAAUGGAUCCCUGUAUCAAUAUGCGAAGAAGGGCGAUGAAGAAUGCAAAGUUAUCUUAGAGCUGAGAGGAUCUCGAUGCGGAGGUUGCCGAAGAGUGGAUGACGCUAACCGCCCUUAUGCCUUUGAGGUUGUAUCAGAGGAUGGCUCACCUCUACUUGUCCUUGCAGCCUAUAGCGAGGAUGAAUCUGCUGAUUGGAUAUUUAGGAUUUGUCAAGCUACUGCUGAUACGUCUGAAAGCGUCGAGGACAUGAGCUCUACAGUUAUGAAGUGCGUGCCAUCUUGUCUUAUCCUCACUAAUGUCAAAAUUUUAGCGUGCCUCCCUAAUCCAACCAGAGACGAAACGUUUCAGCUGCUUAGUGAAUGUUCUGUACAAAGUGUGACCAGACUAUUUGUAGACAACGAUGUCAGGAACUAUUGUAUUUUGGAGUUUGAACGCAGUGAAUUUACCGCUACAGAGUCUUCUUGGUUUAUUUGGUUCAAAACGGAGUAUGAACUUGCAAAAUUUGAACGUGCUCUGCUGGAAGCUUGGCGGGAGCUUUUCCAG